AUGGCUCCACAGGCUCUGAGAUUCCUGCCCGCACGGGAACCUGGACCACAGCUAAGACCAUGUGAUGCACACACUCCCAUGAGUCUGUUCAAAAUGUUAUUUUCUGAAAAUGCUGUGUCAACUCUGUGUCGAAACACCAAUUCUCAGGCUGCCAGGGCACGUGCAAAGGGCCAUAAAUAUAAAUGGACAGACGUCAGCAUCAGUGAGCUGUACUGCUACAUUGGGCUACUCUUCUACAUGGCCAUGGUGAAGUUGAGGUCCAUCAGAGAUUACUGGCGGCAGGACAGUCUUUUCUCUGUUCCUUUUCCUGCCACAAUCAUGUCAAGGGACAGAUACCGCACCAUUUCAUGGAAUCUGCACAUGAGUCACCCAGAUGCAGACCAGGACAAUGACAGAAAGAGGGGCACAGCUGAACACGACCGUCUUUUCAGGGUCAGACCCCUCAUGGACACUAUCCAGCAUGCAUGUAAGGCCAUCUAUCAUCCAAGAAAAAAUUUGGCAGUGGAUGAAAGAAUGGUGGCAUGCAAAGCAAACACAGGAAUGACUCAGUACAUGAAAGCCAAGCCAACCAGGUGGGGCUUCAAGUUGUUUGUUCUUGCGGACUCAUCAAAUGGAUAUACUGUAGAUUUUGCUGUGUACACAGGAAAGAACAACUUUCCCACAGGCCAUGGACUGUCAUAUGAUGCUGUGGCAUCUCUGUUAGACCGUGCAGUUUUGGGCUCUGGGUACCAUGUAUACAUGGAUAAAUUUUACACUAGUCCCAAGCUCCUAACAGACUUGUUUGCUUUGAAGUUUGGUGCAUGUGGGACAUACAGAGACAACAGGAAGGAUUGCCCUCGGAAUGCAGCUAACUCACUCACUAAAAAAUCUGUGAGGGGCUCCAUCAGGUGGAUUCGAGACAAACAUCUUGUGUUUGUGAAAUGGAUGGACACACGAGAGGUGUCUGUCUGUUCCACCAUCCAUGCUGCUUAUACAGGAGACACUGUGCAGAGGAGGGUGAAAAUACAAAAUGGAUUGAGGACAAAGAGUUUUCCAUGUCCUGCUCCUGUGACUGCCUACAACCAGCACAUGGGGGGCGUUGAUCUGUCUGAUCAGCUGUUACAGUACUACAGUACACAGCACAAAACAAUGAAGUGGUACAGAAAGCUAUUUCUACACUUCUUGGACAUUGCUUCCACCAAUGCUUUUAUUGUACACAAAGAGAUUUAUGGCACCAUGACCCACAAGGAGUUUAUGGAAGAACUAAUUGCAGAGCUCUGUGGUGUGUCACAGAAAAUAACACCAAAACGGACCAGUGUUGACCAUGUGCCUGUUCCAGGAGCUGAGCAGGCCUCAGAUGCCACUGCUGGUCGCCGUACAUGUGUGCUUUGCAAAGCAAAGCAUGAUAAGAGGCAGGACACUCCUUGGAAAUGCCAGGCAUGUGAUGUUCACUUGUGUGUUCAGCUGAAAAGGAACUGUUUCCUAGAGUGGCACAAAGAUGUCUAA